AUGUCCCACUCUUCUCUGGCCAGCACCUUACAGGAGCAAGUCGCGGUAGAUGACUUGGGAUCAGACCACUUUAUCAGUCGCGUCAAUCCCGCCCGCAUGGGAAACGCGGCAAAUAUUGCGUACGGAGGUUGUACCAUCAGUAUCAGCGUUCAAGCGGCAUGCAGCACUGUGUCAUCCAAGUACCUGCUCUAUUCAGCAACGGGUAACUACCUUGGCCCAGCGUUGACAGACCGCAAGCUCAAAUGUGCCGUCCGGAGAGUUCGCGACACGAGAACGUUCGCCACCAGACUGGUUGAGAUCAGCCAAGACCAAGACGAUGGCAAGUCCAGGCUGUGCAUGAUUAUGCUGGCCGAUUUCCAAGUGAAAGAGGAGGCUUCUCUUUUGGUAUACUCUGCGCCGCCGUCAAUGAGCUAUUCACCGCCUGAUAAAUGUCUUACAACACAAGAGGCAAUCAAGGACAAAGUGCGGAGGGGCGUUGUGACAGAAAAGCUGGGAAACCUAUUCCUGGCCACCUUUGGUUUCAACAGCCGCUUCUUCGAGACCCGCGGGGUCCCGGAGACAGUUUCACCAAAUAACCUCUACGGCAUGGCCAAGACUAUCAAAACACCCCAAGAAAGCCUCGACUUGACAUCAAAGACGUCUGCCGAUUGGUUCCGCAGCCGACAUCCCCUGGAGCGCCUCCAGGAUCGGUUCUCUGGACUAGGAUUCAUUCUGGACGCAGCUUUGUCCUUCAUCCCUCUGACCCACAGCAACAAGUUUCUAGACGACGCUGGCCCGUGCUCCUCCCUUGACUUUGCGUUGAGAUUCUUCACCGGAGACAUCGACCUGGAUAAAUGGCACCUUAGAGAGAUGAAGACCAUCGCCGGAAACGACGGCCGAACCUACACCGAAGCCCGGCUUUGGGAUCAGCAAGGAAACAUGGUCGCUACCAUGAACCAGCAGUGCAUCAUGCGACCUCUCAAGAAAACUGCUCAAGCGGCUCUUUAA